CGGACCCGGAAGUAAGGAGCGGUAGGAAGAGAAGACGCUGUGGGGCUGCCGAUGAAAACCUGAGCUGAGGGGUCAAUAUUCAGAGGUCGGUCGACCGGAACCCGUUCUGGAAGAACCCAACCCAUUCUUGAAGAAUGAACAGGGACAAGUAUCGGCUAACCGAGAAGAUCCUGAAUCUAACCCUGGAGAUCAUCUGCUUACUGACCGGCGAGGACUGCAUGAUUGUGAAGAAGAAUGGUGAGCGUGUCACGGACCACGGCGGCUCCCAGGUGUUAGAAGAGUCUGUCACGGCCCCGGGCUCCACCUUGGCGCCUCCAACUCCCCCAAUGAUACACGAGGGAGACAACGAGCAGAGGAUCCUGGAACUGACCAACAAGAUCACCCAGCUGCUUUCUGGAGAGGUCGGUGUACGGUGUGAGGACAUCGCCGUCUAUUUCUCCAUGGAGGAGUGGGAGUACGUAGAAGGGCACACGGAUCGUUACAACGAUUUCAUUGUGAACAGUGACCAGCUCAUCGGCUCUGAAGUCGACCCAGCUUCGAGAUGCACGAGUCCGGAAUCCCACACGUCUGUUUCUUCAGCUAAUUGCGUUACAGAAGACGAGUGGAGCGCGGAAACCGAUCAGGGACAAAGCCACCCGACCAGCGGCGAGCUGUGUGAUAGCGUAGAGGCAUCUGCAAUGCCCUAUGGAGCCGACCUUCACGCCUAUAGACGGGCGGAGGAAUCCGCAAAAAGACCCCCCGCACUCUCUGGCGGGGCUCCCGUGGAAGAAUCAAGCGAAGACGGAAACACGGCCGCUGCCGACGUUUACAUCGUUGAUGAAAGCACGCCACCGGAAUUUCUUACUGUCCAUCUCAAAGAGGAAUCGACCUUGCCUGUGGAAAAGGACCUGAUGGAAAUCGAUGCACACGAUAAAAACAUUGACGGGGUCACGGACAGUCGGGUGACCUUAGUGAAGUUCGGCCAGGGUCAUAAGUCCACCGACGAUGAGAGGAAAAGCUUGGCGAGGAACUCCGAUCAGACCAGGGAAGGAGGACAGAAGAUAGGCUGUUCUGAAUGCGGCAAGUACUUUGCCUCUCAACACCACCUCGAUAGACACGCUCGAGUUCACCGGGUGAGGAAUAUUCGCUUUUUCUGCCCCGAGUGCGCGAGAAGCUUCAAAAACAAAGGGAGCCUCAUCGCCCACCGGAAGACUCACAAGGGAAAGAAAUCGUACUCCUGUUCCACGUGCGGGAAGCGCUUUCGUACUCACUCCGACAUCGUCCGACACGAGAGGAUUCACACCGGAGAGAAGCCGUUCACGUGCUCCGAGUGCGGGAUGUCCUUCACCCAAAGAACGCAUCUGGUGAGACAUCAACUACUCCACACGAGACGCAAGACGCUCGUGUGUUCCAUUUGUAGGAUGAGCUUUCCGGAUAAGGGGAGUCUCAUCACUCACCUGAACGGUCACGCGGUGGAAGAAACCUACUCCUGUUCCGAGUGCGACGCUUGCUUCACCGAUGCGGCGGCUUUCCUCGCACACCAGAACAGCCACGCGGACGGCGGGUCCUUCUCGUGUUCCGUCUGCGCUGAAUGUUUCGGCACCGAGGCAGAGCUUCUUGAACACGGCGGGACUCACGGCGAAGACCCCCCGGAAGAAACGUACCCUUGUGCCGAAUGCGGUGCUUGCUUUACCGAAGAGGCGGCUUUCCUCGCGCAUCAGAACAGCCACGUGGAAAGUGAGCCCUUCUCGUGCUCCUACUGCGGGAGGUGCUUUGGCACCGAGGCCGAGCUUUUCGAACACGACAAGACCCACGCCGAAGACGCCCUCGAAGAUACCUACACCUGUUACGAAUGCGGCAAGUGCUUUGCCGACGAGGCCUCCUUCUUCACGCACCAGAACAGCCACAUGCAAAGCCGGCCGUUCUCGUGUUCCGUCUGCAGGAAGUGCUUCCCCACCAAAGAGGAGCUUCUGGACCACGGCAAGGCCCACACGGAGGACAUCUCGCUGAUAUGCUGCGAGUGCGGGAAGUGCUUCAACAACGAAUCGGCCUUCUACGUGCAUCAGAGAAGCCACAAGCGGGAGAAGCCCUACAAGUGCAACAAAUGCGGCACCAGCUUCACCAGCAAGUCCAGCUACGUCACGCACACGAAGAACCACGAAGGGGAAAGGCCCUUCUCCUGUUCCGUGUGCGGGAAGCGUUUCAUCACCCAGUCUAAUCUCGUCAGGCACCAGCGAACUCACACGGGGGAGAAACCGUUCCCGUGUCACAUAUGUGGCAAGUUUUUUUCCCAAAGGUCGCAUGUCCUCAGGCAUCAGAAAAGCCACGUUUGAGAUGGACCCGGCGCCAUGAAGUCUUUCUUUUUUUUAUCUCCCCUUUUUAUGUGAUAACAGAUAGACCCACAGCAUGGUCUAUGUCUGCUUAGCAGUGGACUCAAGAUAUAAAUGACAUCACAUGACAAUACACGUUCCUUUCUUGCCAUGUAUGGACAUGUUUCCCAGUAGACCAACUUUACGGCGAUAGGAAAUAGUUUGCGUAACUAUGAAUCUAGAAUUAAAUAUUAUUUGAUAGGCGUCUGCGGUUUGCCUUUUUCCCCCCUCCCCCCAGAGGAGAUAUCAGCUCUUCGCAGGCUACCGUGACUCUUUGUAUGGGUGG